GAGAAUAGGAGAAUAUAUAUACGCCAACCCCAAUUGAAGAGGAAACAUACUAUUAAAAGAAAAGGAUAGUCAACGGUAAGAUGGAUUGGAAUUAAAAGAGACGCGGGAUAGAUUAUAUUUAUAUUACAGUCUGUGCGGAAUUUCUUCUUUCGACUAGAAGACAAUUGGGUUUUCGGAGGUUAGUUGAAAGAAGGAUAUUCGAGUUGGAUCAAAUUGUUUUACAUCAAUUGGGUCGAAGGUUUGGCGCAAUUGGGAAAAGGAAAGAAAGGAGAGGGGAUAUAAGGGAAUUCGUGAGUGAACGUGGAGGAAGGUAGGAAGGUUGGAGGAAGACACACAUACACACAUACAUGCACACAUACAUACACAGACGAACGAACGAACGAACGAACAAACAAACGGGAUAUCGAGCAGGCAAACGAACGAACAGACAUUGAACGGACAGUGAACGCUCAGUUGAGAACAGGUAUCUGCGACAACCAAUUUGGUUUCGAGUGAAAGUUUCAAUUCUACUUAUACCAUACCUCAAACACCUUCUCAAACAACUUGUCCUUCCGCUUUCGCCUUUAAAUAAAUCCUACCGAUCGAUCAAUCUUCAAUCAUUUUCCCUCUUAACUUGUCUCCGCAAACACCUCACCAUACCAUCUCACACAAAAGACCAUGGCAGCAACCUCUUAUGACUCCAAUCGCAUAACCAUAACCAUCCUCGGCGACGGUGGCGUGGGCAAAUCCGCUUUAACCCUCCGCCUCGUAAAAUCCCAAUGGACAUCUGACUACGACCCUACCAUUGAGGAUUCCUAUACCCUCACACGACGCAUCGAUGGCCAAACAUACCACCUCUCUAUAACCGACACCGCAGGCCAAGAAGAAUAUCGCGGGAUGUGGCAAAGUGCCAAUGGCAGUAUGAGAAGCGAUGCUUUCUUAAUGGUAUAUGAUAUCACGCGACGCGAAAGUCUGGAUGCGCUGGAUUGGUUCGAUGAAUUAGUUACCAUGGAGGGAGAAGUUCGAGGCGAAGAAUGGAGAAGAGCGCAGGCCGAAUCUUCUCUUUCGAAAUCCCGUUCGAAAACAAAGAAAUUCCAGAGCUCAAAUGCAAAAUCAAUACAAGGGGGAGGAUUCGAUUAUGGAUAUUCGCCUCCAAUUAAAAUCAUUGCGGGAAAUAAAUGCGAUCUUCAAGAAUCGCGCGAGGUGACGGCAUCGCAAGGCUUGGAAUGGGCUAGAGCAAGAAAUUGUGGGUUUAUGGAAACAAGCGCGAGAAGUAUUGUUAAUAUCGAAGAAACUUUUGCGUUGAUUGUUAGACGAGUUGUGGAGGGAAGAAAGAGGGCAAUGAUGGAUAGGGAAAUGAUGGAUAGAGGGGAAUUUGGGGAUGAAAUGAAUGGGGAAAGGGAGAAAUUGGGGACUAGAAGGGCGAUGACGAAACCAUUGACGCCGUUACCGCCGGACACUCCAAUUGGAGAAUAUGAAAAGAGAGGGAACAGGAAUGGGAGGGGCAAUAGAAAUGGAAAAGGACUUGGCAAGGGGAGAUUGAGGGAGAUAGGAAGGAAGUUUGUCUGUUGGAAAUAAAUUGAUGAAAUGGGUGAGAGGAGGUGGGUGGUUGGAGAUAAUACUGAGUGAGAGCCAGGGGCUGGAAAAGAAGGAAUGAGACGAGAUGGACGAUACAAGAACUUACGACAUAUAUUAAUGACAUCACAACUUAUGGGUAGUGAUUUUGCUUGGUUGAUUUGCUGGAUAUCCAUUUGUAUUUUAUAUUUGGGAGGGAAAGGAAGGGAUAGCGAUAUGGAUGGCGUGGGGAAAGGGUACGGUACGCAUGGACGGGAUGAAUACGGAAUGGUUGGGUUUGUCAAUUUAGGCAAGUAAAGUGCAAAUCAAUGUCAAGGGCCUGGAUGGGCUGAACAGAAUGGAGUGGAAUAAAAAUACAUUACGACGGUGUUGUCUAAUGCAAGAAAAAGAAAGCACAGAGGAAAGAGAAGGGAUAACAUAUGCCAUAGGAUAGGGUAGGAAACCAUAUAGCGAGGAGCUGAGGAGCUUUUAUAUUUUUCUCCACCCAUUAAUGAAAUUGAGUAUCGAAUAGUUGGAUGCUUUGA